AUUUUACCUCCGUCAUUUUCAAGUCAGCACAAAACGUCAAGCACUCGAGCCCAACUCUCUAUAAUUCCAAAACCAUUCCCCCAAAAUCUCACUCAUACGACUAGCACAUGAACCUCCCACCUGCACCACAACCCGACCCGACAACCCUCAAAGCCCAGUUCCACCUUCACCGGAGCUACUUGACCCGCUAGCCAUCUAUGGAGCUCAUGCAGCCUUCACAUCCUCCUCCACACCACGCCGGGGAACCCACUUCUGGGUUCUCAUCUCCGGCGAGUUUUGCACGUGGGUUUGACUCGCCGGCCACUACUUCUCAGUUGCCGGAGAUUUUUGAAGAAACUGGUGGUGGUGAUGGUGGCUUUGACAAGGUACACGUGGCGGUUGGCAAGUCUGUGGAGAAAGCUGUGAGCUUGCUUCGUUGGAGUUUGAAGCAAUUUGGUGGUAGAGAGAUUUGUAUACUUCAUGUUCAUCAACCUUCUCAGCUCAUUCCAACUCUCUUAGGGAAACUACCUGCAAGUAAAGCAAAUGCUGAAGUGGUGUGUGCUUUCAGGAGGGAGGAAAAGGAACAGAAAAUGAAGUUUUUGCAAAGUUAUUUGAGUAUUUGCUGUAGAGAAAAGAUUAAAGCAAGCAUUGCGAUGGUUGAAGCUGAUGAAAUUCAGAAAGGAAUUGUAGAAUCAGUGCAUAGAUAUGGAGUUAGGAAGCUUGUUAUGGGGGCUGUACCAGAAAAUUGCAUGAAGGUGAAAAGGAGCUCCAGCAAAGCAAGUUAUGCAGCCAAAAACGCUCCCUUGUUCUGUGAAAUAUGGUUUAUCAACAAAGGGAAACCUCUAUGGACAAGAGCUGCUUCGGAGGGCCAAAGUUCUCUGCCUUCCUGCAGUCAACUGCAAAUUGCAUCUGAAGAAAGUUUUAAAUCAUUUCAACAUAGAAAGAAUGAGGGUUUUCACCCAGAGUGUCUCCAGUCCGGUUCUGCCAAUAAUGAUUUUUCCAGAAUCAGUAACUGCUUUCAGAGUGAAUCAGUUCGGUCAGAAGCCGCUCAAUCAUCAUCAACUUUAUCUUGUUCUACCCAUACAUGCUUACCCCACAAUAUUCAUAGUUCAACCAGAACAAGUUCUAGCUCUGGUUCAAGAUAUAGUUCUGCUGAGGGAAGGGUGUCUUUAGAUUCUGAUUUAUGUAGUAGGCUUACGGAAGCUAUGCUAGAAGCUGAGGCAUCGAUGGAGAAGGCAUCUUCAGAGCUAUUGAAGUGCAAAAGAUUAGAAUCAGAAGCCAUGGAAGCUAUUGACAAGGUUAAAGCAUUUGAGUUUGCCCAUGCACGUGAAGUUAAACUUAGAACAGAGGCUGAGGAUGCCCUGAGAACUACAUUGGAGGAACAAGAAAAAAUCAUGGAGGAGAAGGAAGAACUUUCCACGAAUAUAAGGAAUACCAUGAGAAAUAUUGCUCUUCUAGAUAGUCGAGUUCAGGAAGCAAAUCGUAGGUCAGAAGAAGCUUCUGGAGAAGUAAAACAAAUUCAGACUUCAAUUGCAGCUCUCUGCCAAGAAAAACAGGGUAUCCAACGACAGAAGAUGGAAGCCCUACGCUGGCUUGAACGGUGGAGAAGUCGUCGACAAGCUGGAGCUGCGAACUACAAUGGUCUCACUGGGUCUGUUGAAGAAUUGCUCAAGCUGGCAGAAUUCUCAUUGUCAGAUCUGCAAACUGCAACAUGCAAUUUUUCAGUGAGCUUUAAGAUUGGGCAGGGAGGAUAUGGUUGUGUUUAUAAGGGGGAAAUGCUGGGAAGAACUGUUGCUAUAAGGAAGCUACACCCUCAUAACAUGCAAGGACAAUCAGAGUUUCAACAAGAGGUACAAGUUCUUUGUAAAAUACAGCACCCUCAUCUUGUGACCUUGCUUGGUGUGUGUCCAGAAGCCUGGUCCCUUGUGUACGAGUAUUUACCAAAUGGGAGCCUCCAAGACCAUCUUUUCCGAAAAAGUAAUGUUUCUUUCAUGACAUGGAAGACCCGAGUACGGAUAAUUGCUGAAAUCUCUAGUGCCCUUUGCUUCUUGCACUCUUCCAAACCUGAAAAGAUUGUCCAUGGUAAUUUGAAGCUCCAAAACAUACUACUCGAUUCGGAACUCAGAUGCAAGAUUUGUGAUUUUGGGAUUUGCAGGCUGGUAACCGAGGAGAAUCUCUGCUCUGCAAGUUUCCGCCGGUUCACUGAACCAAAGGGUGCUUUUUCUUACUCAGAUCCAGAGCUUCAGAGAGUUGGAGUGUUGACACCCAAAUCCGAUAUUUACUCCUUUGGGCUAAUUAUUCUGCAGUUAGUCACCAGAAGGCCUCCAGUUGGCUUAGCAAGUGAGGUGCGCAGAGCACUUCUGAGUGGAAAUUUGACAGCAAUUCUGGAUUCAUCAGCUGGAGAGUGGCCUGAAUCCGUGGCAAAGCGAUUGGUACAGCUUGGGUUGCAAUGCUGUGAAUUGAAUAGCAGGGAAAGACCAGAGCUUACACCGGCUUUAGUAAGAGAAUUCGAGCAGUUGCAUGUCUCUGAAGAGCGAUCUGUGCCAUCCUUUUUUUUGUGUCCAAUCCGUCAGGAAAUAAUGCAUGACCCUCAGGUGGCAGCUGAUGGCUUUACUUAUGAAGGGGAAGCUCUGCUUAAAUGGUUGCAAAAUGGCGGCGAAACUUCUCCGAUGACCAAUUUGAAAUUAAGUCACUUGCAUCUCACUCCCAACCAUGCCCUACGGCUUGCUAUUCAAGAUUGGCUUUGCAAGUGUUGAAAUCUCAGUUACUUCAUAUUUUGCAGAUUUAGGUUGUUGUAACCAUUGUAUAUCAUGAAAUAAUAGGGAAGUUAGUUGGAUUCUAAUCAUUAAUGGAAAGUGCAGUAAUUAAUCAAUUAUACAAUAAGCAGCAAUAAUUAAUUUCUGAUUUUCUGAUUUA